GCGUGGUGUCAAACUGAGGGGCGUGGUCGUGUUACGCUGGGGAGCGGAGGAGUGGGGUGGCGGCGGCGGGAGGUGCUGCUGGAGCCGGCCGGGUCACUCGGCGAGUGAGGCAAGGUGGCAAGAUUCUGAAUGCAUCACACUGAUAGUGUUAGCAGUCGCAAUCGUGAAAGAACUUAUCUACACCAAGCAGAUAAGCAGACACUUCUUUAUUCCAGCACUGGGGAACACGGGUGAUAACUCUGCCAAAGACGUGUUUGCAGACAGGUUCCUGUGUGCUUGUGGGUGUCCCUGCAUGUUUCAACUUAGAGAGGGUUUUUUUUGUCAAGUGUUCCAGCCUCUUAACUACAAUUACAUGUACAGUCUCACAGAGUAAGAGUUAGUGUUGUAUGGCAGAGCCAAAAUGCUGGAUGACAUCAACAAACAGCUUGAAUUUCCUAAUGCAGUUAUUCAGUCACAGGCAGUGGGUCACCUGAUUGCUGCAGUACUGAAAGAAAAUGUUUCUUUGGAAAAGAUCAGACAGGCCUCUGAUCAGACUCCUGCUCUGAACUUGCUUUGGGAGAAGUGCUGCAGUGAGAAUGUUGUCUUGCGAACAGCCUGCUCUGAGGCGUUGGUGGCACUUGUUGCAGAGGAACAUGCUGAGCUUGACUAUGUUCUUCAUGGAGCUGUCAACAUAAUUCCUUCAGCAAGGAAUGUGCAUGGUUUAGUAAAAACUAUUUGGAAAUUGCUACAGAUUCAAGCUGCUCAACUGGAAAAAGAUGGAGAUGAGGCUGUUCGGAAUCUGUAUGGAAUCAGGAACACUCCUCAUCCAUUAAUCUGUGUCCUUGAAAACAGACCUGAUUGCUGGCCAGUUCUGCUGCAGCAGAUAACAGUAUUUUUCCAUCAGUGUCGAGAGAGGUCACAGAGUUCAUUCAUUGGCAUAAUGACUCCAUUUCUGAGAUACUUGUAUUGUGAACCAUCUCAGUUACGGGAAUAUGCUGAACUGCGAAUGGGUUUACUUAGGAUGCUACUUCAGCCUCAUGGUCCAAAUGACAAAGAAGCACCCUCCGUGAUGGAAUGCCAGAUUGUUCAACUUCUGUGUGAUUUGAUUCCACACCUUCAGCUUAAAGACUUACUGCAAGUUACAGAAGCCUUAUUCUUUCUGCAAGAGCUGUUCCUCAGCCUACUGCGCUAUCCUGUGUUUUGGAAAGUUCAGUUAUCCCAGUUUUGUCUACAAGUGUUAUGUUUCUGUGAAAUAUGUUUAAAUAUAAUGGGAGAAUGCUCAUCUUUGAUAUCCUUAAUAGAGGACAACUUUGAGCUCUUAAAAGAGGUAUUUCCAGUCGAACAGUGUGUAAUUGGGAUAGCGCUUCUGCUGCUUCAGACACCAGAAAGUCAGCAAAAGUCUGUCUUGAGUCUAGCCUACAAGCUCCUUUCCUGUUCAGAAAUCCGGAACAUCUCAACCACUGGCCUUACUUUGGUGAUGCCUGUACUACAGAUCUUGUCUUCUACAACAGCUGGAGUCUGCCUAUCAGAGGAUGAUUCUGCAACUACCAGGCAGCAGCUGGCUGUAAAUCUUUUGGGAAUAUUACAGGAAGAAGCUGUGAAGGAUAAAAAGGAAUUGUUUGUCCAUGAGAAGACUGUGGGGAAGAGUGUUGAACACUUUGCUGAAGUCCAGGUGUCCUGCAAACUCCUUUUCCCCAUAACAAGCUCUUACAGCUCAUUGUAUACAACCUGGAAGAUCAUAGGGCUCAUGAAAGAGAAGUCUGCAGUUACUAGCUGGUUAUCUUCAGUGAAAUCACUGCUACCUGUUACAAAUCAAGUCCCUGCCCAUGUUUUCCUUCUUCUGGCUUAUCUACUGAUCCAAGAAAAUGGAGACAGUCUUCAUGAUGUACUUCAGGCUACGAUGGAAAUAGCCAAGGCGGAUUGUUCUCAGGUCCCAAAUCUGAUCCCAGUUCUGAUGUUUAAAUUGGGAACACCUUUGGAGCCUGCGCUUUACAGGGAUAUAUUGUAUACAUUGCCUGCACUGGGUGUACACAAGGUUUGUGUAGCUCAGAUUCUAUGUGCCAUACAGAUGCUGGGGAGCAGGCCAAAGCUUCAAGCAAUUACUUUGCGGCUGAUGACAUCCUUAUGGGAAAGACAGGAUCGAAUUUACCCAGAAUUGCAGAAGUUCUUGUCAAUGUCUAAUAUGCCCUCUUUGUCUGUUGACAAAGGUGCUCAAUGGGAAAAGCUAAUUGCUAAAGCUGCUUGUAUAAGAGACAUAUGUAAGCAGAGGCCAUACCAGCAUGGAGCAGAUAUGUUGGCUGCAAUUUCCCAGGUAUUAAAUGAAUGCACAAAACCUGAUCAAGCUUCACCUGCUGCCAUAGUGUUACAGGGUCUUCAGGCACUUUGUGAGGCUGAGGUUGUUUGCAUCCGUUCUACAUGGAAUGCUCUGUCACCAAAGCUGAGCUGUGAUACAAGACCCCUCAUUUUAAAAGCGCUGAAUGAACUGUUUGCCCUGGUUCCUUCGUUAACAGUGAAUACAAAAGAAUAUGAGAGAUUCAAAGCUGAAGUUAUCAGCUUCCUUUGGAACAACACACAAAGCAAGGAUGCUCUUGUAGCCAUUUCAGCCUAUAAAUCACUCUCGUCAUUUGACUCUGAAGAACAUACAAUUCUUCAUCUUCCUGAACAGGCACGACCUGAAGUUGACUCGUUGAAGGAGGUAGUCAUGAAUGAAGAUGAAGAAGAGGAGAAGGACGCAGCAAGUCUUUUUGUUCCGGGUUCUUCAUAUAUCAAGCUGUUGUCUCUAAUGCCAGCUUCUGUUGUAGGAGCAUUUGAAGAGUUUGCAGCAUCACUUGUGAAACAGGAGAUGACCAACAUGCCCCGUGGUCUGUAUCAUUCUGCCUCAAGAGAAGCGAUCAUGCGCUCAGACCAGGGGAGGACUGUGGCAAGUGUUCCAUACUUCUUGCUGAAAAUGUAUGAGAGGAGCAAUCAACCAGGCAUGACCGCAGGACUUGCAGCUGGCAUGUUGUUGUGUUACGACCUUCCGGUCCAUAUGGGUGAAGAUGGCAAGCCUAUUAAUCGGUUUCUGGUCAGCAGAAGACAUAAGUUCCAGCAAAUGUUGGUGGUCCUCAUUCAUGAGGUUAACAUUCAGCCUUCUGAAUGGCACCGCUCCAUACUGCUGCCACAGUCCUGGUUAGGAUUUAUGAGUCGAACCUAUAGUGCAGUCCUGCAGGGGAGGCAGGCAGAGCUGGAGAUGCAGUUAAAACAUGGAAAAGAAGAUCCUGAAGAGGUGCAUUACAAACAGUUUACAGCCUGGCUCUGGGUCAGAGAUACAUUGACUGAUGUCAUCAAACAUGCUUCCAAAGACAGCCCAGUGGUGAAAGGAAACUCUAUUUUUGCCUUAACUGGUCUUGCAGUUGCUGUAGCCAAACAUGAAAGCAGCCUUUCCUCAGACACUGAAUGGAUGCCUGAGACUGAACCUGAUUUUCUUCCGACAAAACACUGGAUUUCUAUGGUCACAGAGACUCUCUUUAGUAUUGUGAAUAGCCGCUAUCACCCUAAAGGUGAAAUCUUCCCUUGGUUCUACCAGAAAUCCUAUUUGGGUGAAAAUACUGCUAGUAUUAUAGCUCGUUCCUGUGCGGCCACAGCUUUGUCUCUCCUGGUGCCAGUUUUCAUUGUAUCAUGCAAGGAGAAGGUUGAGGAGGUCCUGAAUAUGCUGACUGACAGGUUACCUGGGAAACCAAAUGCUGAUGAGUCUCAAGCUGUUCAGAUACACAUGGGCCUUGGUUUGGGGAUGUUUAUCUCACGUUUGUAUGAAGAAAAAGUCAGUGAUGUACACUGUCAACAGAUGAGCUUAGUUCUAAUGAAGUUCCUGGAUGUGCUGGAAGACUGCUGCUUUGACACCAGUCUGGAGUACAACCCUGGAUGUAUUUUGGGAGUAGGACUUGUUCUUUCACUUAUGAGUCACAGCAGCCAAACAGAAUUGCGAAUGCAUGUUUCUGCUUCACUGCGAAAACUCUGCAAAUACCUCGACAGCAGUGAGGACCAAAGCAGAUCAGUCCAGGAGGUGCUUGCCUAUUCUGUGGCCUGUUCUUGUGUCUCUUCUUUCAGCGUUGGAAUCACAGAAGCAGCUGAGGCUGAGGAGGCCAUGAACAAGCUACGGACCUUAAUGGAAAAUAAUCAGCAGACCCCCGGAUUUGCUUUAGCUCUAGGUACAAUAGUACAUGGAUUGUCAGCUUGUGGUCAUGGGAAAGCUGUAGACCUGAGUAACAGAUUAAUGCCAGCCUGGAUAAAAGUUGUGCUUGCAGAGGGUUCUCCCACAAUGCAGCGUCUGGCUGCUGUCAAUGGGCUGGUUGCACUGGUGGGCUCUGAAGGGGGCAUGAUACAGCUGAAAUCGGAGAGCAUUCAGUCUUCCCAGUUUCGAAGUAAGCUGAAUGAAGUCAUCAGAACCCUUACACAGAUAAUCAGUUUUUCGGGGCAGAUUGGCCUUCAGACAAAUGCAGCAGUACUUUUGGGACGCCUCCAUAUGUCCUGUUUGUCUUCUACCCACAAGAGGGCACCUGUUCCUCCAGAUUUUAGCUACUUGCCUGAAAACAGCUUUAUCAGGGCAGCCAUUGACUUUGCCAUUGAAAGUGGAAAAAAAGGCCCUGAAUCUGUCCCAGCUGAGCUAGUGAAAGUAGCACUGGCACCCAUUGCAGUAGUUGGAGAAAGCCAUCAGUAUCCACCUGUGAACUGGGCAUCCAUUCUUUCUCCUUUGAUGAGGCUAAACUUCGGUGAUGAGGUAAAACAUCUCUGCCUUCAACUGGCUGUGACACAGGCCCAGUCGUCUCAAACUGCAGCAAUGCUUUUGGGGAUGUGGGUGGUACCUCCUCUUUUCUACAGUCUCAGUAUAAAAACCCAGAAAUACCUUUCCACAUCCCUGUCCCUGUGGAUGAAACAUGUUACAGAAGACAAACUACAGUCUUUUACAGAAGAGUUUCUGAUACAACAGUUUGAAGUGAAGAACCACACAAAAAACCCAGUACUUUGCCAGUGUGUUUUACAAGGGCUCAUGCAAGCAAUGCAACUUCCAAACCCUGCCCUGCAUUGCUGGAGCUUUCUGUGCCAGGCUGUGGAGAAAAUAUUUGAGCUUCUACCAAAUGAGGUUCAGAGAGGUGAACUGGAGAUGUAUAUUGAUGUAGCAAAAUGUCUCUCAGAAAUGAUUGAUUCAGAGAUUGAUCGCAUUAUCCAGAUCUCUAAGGACAAUAUAGAGAAGGCUACGUUCACAAAAGUGUAUCUAAUUUCUCAAGGCAGAUUGCCUAUGAUGAACUUGAGGGCCGUGAUUGAUACUGUUGCACAAUAUCACCAGAAAGAAAAUAUUUUAUGGAUGCUCUUGCACAGUUUCUAUCAUGCUCGUAUUGUAAGCCAUGAAAACACAGGAGUGCUGAAAAGAGUGGACUGGCUGCUAGACCUGAUGGGAUACAUCAGAAAUUUAGCAUACAAGUCAACAUCCUUACAAAAUGUUGAUCUUAAAGAGUGCAUAGAUUUCUUCCUGUGGCUCUUCGCAGCUUCUGUGGUGACCUGGGCUGACCAUGGUGCACCACUACUGCUUGGCCUCAGUGCUAAGUGGUCGCAGUGGAAGCACCAAACAAUAUUACCAGAAUUAUCUGAGGAUCACAUUGGCAAGCACCCCACUGACAAGCUUGCUGUACAAGAGACUCUGACUCUCCUUCCAAGCAGCAUUUCCCUUUUGCUGGCUAAAGAACCUUGGAAAGAACACACACAGAAGUUUAUUGACUGGCUGAUCAAUAUGAUGGAAAGUCCUAAAGAAGUAUUGUCAAAAUCUUCCACAGACCUGCUGAAAGUUACACUUCUGGCCUUGAGAUCUCUUGCAGAGUUCAAGAAGAAAGCAGUGUGGACUAAAGCUUAUGGGUGGUAGCUGCAUGCAGUAUCUUAUCCAAUGACGGAAACUGCUCAUGGUUGAAAGCAUAAUAUUACUACUCAGGCAUCAAGAAGACCAAUUUCAAAGAAAUUUUCUGUCAGAAGAUUUUGGGAGUUUGGAUUUUUUUUUUUUUUUUUUUUUAUCCUUUUACCUCCUCCCAAAGACUCAUAAAAUGAAAAAUAGUAUUUUGGUUCUCAGUGAUGAGGUGGUGUUCUUCUGUAAAUUACCUAGCAUGAUUUGAGCUGGGCUGAAUCUAAAUUAGAAAUAUAUAUUCAGUCAUUUCAAUUGAGUUGUUUUAAUGACACCUGGGGGCCUCAAAAUCUGGAGUGGAAUAUUCCUUUUAAUUCAUGAAAGCUUUGUAGGAAUGGGUGGGGAAAAAAAAACCUUGUAAAAUUUGUUUGGAUGUAGCCAGUUUACUAAAGUAAAUUGUAGUAUAAUAGA